AACUCCAGCAGUCCGACACUUGUAUCAAGGAAGACAACAUUCUCUGAACAUUUAUAUAUUUAAAAAAAUAGUUAUUUAGGGCAGAUAGCAAAGGUAAAUUAACAUCAGUCACGUUUGUGUGAGAAGUUUCCGUCUUCAGCUGGCCGCAGUGCAGUAUGGACGCGGAGAGAGACGGCUCGGUGAUGGUGUCCGAGGACCCCGGGAGGAAGCGCAGGGUGCACGGCAUGCUGAAGCUCUACUACGGGCUGAAUGAGGAGGGAAGGGCCCCCGAGCAGGCGCUGUCCCUGGAUCCCUGCGACAUCAAUGGACCGCACUUUGACCCGGAGGUCUACCUCAACAAGCUUAGACGGGAGUGCUCUCUUGGUGAGCUCAUGGAUCAGGAGACCUGCAUGGUGAAGCAGAUCCGCUCUUUAGACAGCGACAUGCAAACUCUGGUGUAUGAAAACUACAACAAGUUUAUCUCUGCUACAGACACUAUUAGAAAGAUGAAGAAUGAUUUCAAAAAGAUGGAGGAUGAAAUGGAUUGCCUGUCGGAAAACAUGGCAGCGAUCACCGACUUCAGUGCUCGAAUCAGCGGCACUCUUCAAGACCAGCACACGCAGAUAACGAAACUCUCAGGGGUUCACACAUUGCUAAGGAAGCUUCAGUUCCUGUUUGAACUGCCUGCUAGACUGAAUAAGUGUCUGGAGCUGAAGGCUUACGCUCAGGCGGUGAGCUCCCACCGCCGCGCCCGCUGCGUGCUGCAGCAGUACAGCCACUUGCCCUCUUUUAAGGGAAUUCAGGAUGACUGUCACGCCAUCAUGGACAAGCUGGCUCAGGAGCUUCGACAGAAGUUCAGGGAUGGUGGAACAAGUGCUAAAGAUUUGUCGGAGUGCGUGGAGCUUCUCCUGCAGCUAGAUGAGCCAGCAGAGGAGCUCUGUGAUAAAUUCUUGAGCCAUGCUCGGUCUCGACUCGAGGCCGACCUCCAGGGCCUGGAUGCCGAGAUAAGACCGUGUCCUACUGCCUCGGCUGUGAAAGAUGCUUCUGCACGUAGGUCAUCAUCCUCUGCAACCGUGAGAUCUCCGACCGAUAACUCCCCUAAAACAAGCUUUCUACCAUCUCCCACCUCCAACACGGACAUCUUGGAGUUUAUAGACAGAGGCUGCAAUGAAUUUGUCAGCAGCUUGUGUUUAGUUAUUACAUCCUAUCAAGAGCUGUUCAUCAACCACCCUCAGACGGGUGAAUUGGCAUCAAAGAAUAUCCCUCAGAUGGCAAAUGGUAAGCUGCAGGUAUUUGUGGAUGAUCUGGCUGCUGGUUAUUUCUCACUGGUGGAGAGGAGGAUACAACAGGAGAGAGGGGUGGGAGAUAACUCCCUCCUGGUUCGCGCACUCGACCGCUUCCACCGCAGACUCCAGGCCGUGUCCAAACUGCUGCCAGGCUCGGCUGUCCCGAACAAGGGGACAGAAAUCGUGGUGCGAGCAGCAACGGAGCGAGUGAAGCAGUACCUCUCAGCUCUGCAGAGCUUCUACAUGGACAGCCUGACGGAUGUGAGACAGGCCCUGGCAACGCCUCGCCUGUCUGUGGCCGGAGCCUCCGUAGCCGGAGGUGGAUCCCAUCUCGGGGUUCCCACGUCUGGCAGAGACGCUCCAACCAGCCUGUCGGAGCUGCUCUCGUCGCUGUCUGCCUCUAUUCUCAACCAGAUCAAGUCAGUGCUGGCGUCGGUGCAUCUCUUUACAGCUAAAGACAUCACAUUCUCCAACAAGCCGUACUUUAAGGGUGAAUUCUGCAGCCAGGGUGUACGUGAGAGCCUGGUGGUCAGCUUUAUCAAGUUUAUAUGCCAGUCUUCUCGCCAGUUUUGCGAGAGCGCCGGAGACAAAGGGGGUUCAACUCCCCCAGCCCUUCUGUUGCUGCUGUCUCGCCUCUGUUUGGACUAUGAAACCUCGACUAUCUCCUACAUACUCACACUCACAGAUGAACAGUUCCUCGUGCAGCACCACAAUCCUGUAACACCAGUAACAACUUUAUGUGGAGAAGCCAGGGAGGCAGCACAGAAACUCCUCAACCAUUACGUAAAGGUCCAAGGCCUGAUAAUCUCCCAGAUGUUAAGGAAGAGUGUUGAAACUCGAGACUGGGUUAACACUAUUGAGCCACGCAACGUCCGGGCGGUGAUGAAGAGGGUGGUCGAAGACACGACCUCCAUUGAUGUGCAGGUGGGUCUUCUGUAUGAAGAAGGUGUGAGGAAGGCGCACAGCAGCGACUCCAGCAAGAGGACUUUUUCUGUCUACAGCAGCUCCAGGCAGCCAGCUCGCUACGCCGCCAGCUACACUCCAAGCGCUCCGAUGGACACUAACCUGCUGAGCAACAUACACAAGCUGUUUUCUGAGCGGAUCGACAUCUUUAGCUCAGUGGAGUUCAACAAGGUGUCCGUGAUGACGGGAAUUAUCAAAAUUAGUUUAAAAACAUUCCUGGAGUGCGUUCGCUUGCGAACAUUUGGCCGUUACGGGCUGCAGCAAAUCCAGGUGGACUGCCACUACCUGCAGAUGUACUUGUGGCGCUUCGUGUCUGACGAAAACCUCGUUCACUUCCUGCUGGAUGAAAUAGUGGGGAGCUGCGCCCACCGCUGCCUGGACCCUUCUCCGAUGGAGCAGAGUGUGAUCGAAGUCAUCUGUGAAAGAGGUUAAGGCUCAGCUUACACAGCUGGAGCUGAAGUGUACACUGGAAUCUUGCCUCCAAGUUUAGCACUUUUUAAUAUUAUACUGCGGAAAUCUUCUCCAUCCAAACAUUUGUGGAAAAAAUCAAGGAAUUAUGAAGAACUAUAUAUUGUAAAGCUCUUGGUUGUAAUGAUUCUAAGAGGUGAAAAUUGCUGAUUCGGUUAGAUUUACAUUGAUUCAUCAUCCACGUUUACUGUAGUUUGAUUUAAUGUUACAGCUUCCUUCUAAAAAGCUAAAAGAUAUGAUAAAAAUCACUGUAGUGCUUUCAUUUGCAACCAGAGGGGGAAAAAAAUGUGGAUUUCCCAUAAUACAAUUAAAACUGAAUGUGAUUUUGAAUAAGAGAGAAGUCCUUUGCAAAAACACAUCAGUUAAAUCAAUUCAAGGUUGCUCUUGCUGAUUAACUUAUUUAUGUAAUUGUGAUCUAACACUACCUUCAGUUUAGUUGUUUUCUGUGCAUGUUUAAACAAGACGUUGUUUAAAAACGGAUGGAAUGUACAUCUUAAAUAAAACUAUGAAUAUG